UGCAUAUUAUUUAUGCUAAACAAACGCCUAACCACGCCUUUUCGCUCCUCAACGGAGAUGAGCAAAAUACAGAGACUGUACAACGCAUCCAGUAGCAUCUUCUCCGCGGAAAGAGGGGGUCUGAACCCUACCUUCAAUCAAAUUAGAUGGCUACAAGAUCUACUUGAUGCAAUGGAACCUGCGGACGUAGGAAUUGAUGGAUCUAGUGAUUACGAAAACAAGUCUCAGGAUGGGCUCAUCUUUGGACAAGCUAUAGCCCAAAUCACGUACAUACAUAUUCACGAGUCUGAUCAUUUCUCCAUCGGGGUUUUCUGCUUCCCGGCCGGAGCGAAAAUUCCUUUACAUGAUCAUCCACGAAUGGUGGUCCUUAGCAAAGUGUUAUACGGUUCUGCAAGGGUGAAGUCCUAUGACUGGGUCACCACUCCAAAAUCCAAACCAAAUAUGAGUGGGCUUGCGAAAGUAGUGGCGGAGAACCAGCUCCUACAAGCCCCAUGCAAGGCUUCAGUAUUAUUCCCGAGGAGUGGCGGAAACAUCCACUCCUUCACCGCCGUAACUCCCUGCGCCAUUUUGGACGUGCUGGCUCCGCCGUACUCAGAAGAGCUAGGAAGACCGUCGACCUACUUCUCCGACAUUCCCAUCGCUUCUGUCCCAGGGUUUGCAAUACUCGAGAAGAUAGAGAUGCCGGAUGAUUUAAAUGUGGCUGGAGCACCAUACGUCGGACCUGAGCUCAGCGUGGACAUCGACUUUUGUUGAUCUUUUUUUUCUUUUGUGUGAUCUUGUUGUGACGACUAUAUAUAUAUAUCUAUCAUGAUCGUUGAUCUUCUUUGUACAUUUUUGUAUAUGUAAUCUACUAUACGUGAGGGGAUGGUUUUGUAUUCAA